UUGCUUGAUACGUUUUUUAGGAAAGUUCCUUCUAUUAUACGUAAAAUAGCACCAAAAGGCUCACUUGCUAUACAUGAAGAAGCUUGGAAUGCAUACCCAUAUUGCAAAACGGUGCUCACUAACCCUGAUUAUAUGAAAGAAAAUUUUUUUGUUAAAAUUGAGACUAUCCAUCUUCCUGAUCGAGGCACUACCGCUAAUGCUCACGGUCUUCCUCCAGAAGAACUAGCUAAAAGAGAUGUGGUAGAUAUAAAUAUCGCUAAUGACAACGAAUUCCUACAUGCUGGUGAUAUACUACCAACGACGACACCCAGCAAAUUUGUGAGCUCCAAGACUGGGCGGUGCGUUAUACUAUUUGCUUUGUUUGGCCUAUCAUUUAAUGAAUACAUCAGAGGACCACUAAAUGGAAAUUGGAGAGAAACAGUUGAGCCGGUCAUGUGCGCUUAUAAAUUAGUUAGCGUUCACUUCAAGUGGUUUGGCCUCCAAAAAAUGGUUGAAAGUUACACCCACACACAAUAUCCUCGGUUGUUUUCCAAAUUCCAUCGGGAAGUAUUCUGUUGGAUAGAUAAUUGGCAUGGUUUAACGAUGGAGGAUAUACGAGCCAUAGAGGCCAAAGCUCAAAAAGAACUGGAGGAACAACGAAAGAGCGGAACGGUCAGUCUAGCGUAUAUGAUUUUUCUUCAUUUAUUUCGUUCAUGA